AUUCACCCCGACCAUCAACUAAUCAUGUCCGUCCGAUCUCGAUCUCCUUCUUGAACAUCCGUUUGUUUUCACCUUGCUGUAUAAUUGUUCCUCCUCUUCCCUCACUGCUUGUCAAAGCAAGACGUUCCGUAUCGCAUGGCUGGCCAAGUACGGAUCGUCGGUUCCACUUAUCGAGCUUCCUGGCUGUGUCUCCCCCUCAGCGAUUGACAGUCAUCGCCUUCACGACUACCGCUUUCUACCCGUUUACCUACCUCUUUCGUGACCUACACAAUUGCGGGCUUGUCCCAAUGAUGGCCGGGGAAUCAUGGACGGGGGUCUGCGUGCACUGCGCUGAGAUCCUGGCGAAUGUCCCCCCACAGAUUCUCCUCGCGACGAUCGCUGCAACGCUGCUGGGGUUCCUCGUUCUGUUCUACGUCACCCUCUACAUCGUCGCCCCCAUCCCGCGCGAACCCCUCCCCGAAGAAAAGACCUACCGCACCCUCUCCAAAGACGGCUCCAUCACUGAACCGGAACAGCUCCCCUGCUGGCAGGAUGCCCAGGGUAAGCGCUCGGUCCGGAAACCCGCCCAUGCGGAUAUGGAAUCGGCCGAAGUGUUCAUGUCCUUGGUGGUCCCGGCCUACAACGAGGAGGACCGGCUGGGCGGUAUGCUUGAAGAAGCGGUGAACUAUCUCGAGCGCAUGUACGGUACCCUGGCUGCUACCGCCGCCGCCUCCGCCUCUGCCUCUGCGAAUGGCAGCGCCAAGCGCACGACACGCAGCGCUACGCGACAACGGAAGCCUGCGGAGAAUGGUCACGCGAUGAACGGCCACGCAGCCACUAAUGGGGCGGCGUCGGCAUCGGCAUCGGCAGAUAAGGGAUGGGAGAUCAUCAUCGUGUCGGACGGAUCCAAGGAUAAGACGGAGGAGAUGGCGUUUUCGUUUGCCCGCGACCACCAGCUGUCCUUGCAUCCUAAGGGAUAUGCGGGUCCUUGGACCCCCGGGACCCAGGAAGGCGUGCACAUCCCGCCGGGGACGAUUCGCGUGGUGAGCUUGGCGCAGAACCGCGGGAAGGGCGGCGCGGUGACGCACGGCAUGAGACACGUUCGCGGCCAGUAUGUGGUGUUUGCCGAUGCGGACGGGGCUAGUAACUUUGAGGAUUUGGGGAAACUGGUGACGGCCUGUCGAGCGAUCGAGGACCCCGCGGGACGUGGGCUGGCGGUGGGAUCACGGGCGCAUAUGGUUGGAAGCGAAGCUGUUGUCAAG